AUGAAUCAAAUACCGAGAAAAGGUUUAAUAUAUUCAGUAAUCCAGCAAGUGCUACAAAUAGGUGGAAAUAUACUGUUUAUUCCACUGGAUACUUUGAAAUUCUUACCAGAGACAACAAGUCCAUUGAAUUUAGUACAAUUUUGCGCUGAAAUUAAUCGUAAUACACGGUAUAAUACAAUUUUAAUGUCACAUAUAACAAGGUGUGUAUUUACUAUAUGCAAGUAUACAAGAUGUACUCUGGCUAAAUUAAUACAUUGUAAAGAGGAUGAAUUAAACUGGAAUUCUAAAGAUAUAAAUCAAACUAAAUCAAUGUGUGAAACAUGGACUAAAGGCUUAGAAAUAAAAAAUGAUCUGGAAAAUUUACGUAAUCAAUUGAUGAAUUUUCCUAAAUUAAUACAAUGUAUACGAUAUCGAUUGGCAAGUGUAAUUUUGCAUAAAUUUCAAUCAAGUAUACAAAUCUAUAUGCAUAUUAAUGAGAAGAAUAUGAACACAAGUCAAGGAGAACAAAGCAAAGAAGAAGAAAAGAAUAGUAAAUUAACUGAUGUUAUUAAAGAAGAAGAGACAAUACAGAAAAACUAUCGUGUAAUUGUUUAUCCUGUCCUCCUCAGACAGCUUGAAGAUUCUACCUCACAGUCCUGUGUUGGUCAACAGCAAAUACAGUUAUUACUUUGGCCUAAACCAAAUACAUUAAUCAAUAUUUUCAGACUAAUUUUAGAACAGCUGAAACAAUCAUUACACUUAAACAAGGUUAUUUCAGAUGAACAGUUACCGCAAGUCUAUUUUAAUGAAGUUAAAGAUAUUGAAAAUAUAAAUGAAUACAUUGAUAAUCAAAUUUAUGCUGAUAAACUUGUAGAAACAUUUUAUCGAAAUCCCCACUUAAUGAAUAUUAACCUACGGAAACAUGGAAUCAAUAUCCCCUGGAAUAUUAUUAAUCCUGUUCAACUGGAAGCAACAAAUUUAUAUAUUUGUGAUGUAGUUAAUCAAUAUCUUCCAACAUAUGAGAAAUUUGAAAAAGAUCUUUUACCUAAAUACCCUCCAUAUGUAAGUCAAUCAAUGAAAGUUGAUUGGCGUCGACCCGAGUUAGAUUUAAACAUUAGCGGUUACAAUUUCUUUCCUGCAAUUGAUAAUGCCAACCAGUUCGGGUUGUAUUCAUUAAUUGAACAACAAAGUGAGGCUAUGAAACUGUAUGAAUCAUUACUAAUGCCUUGGAGUCAGUCAGUACAUGAAAAGACAAAUCAGAUAAUUCAGUCUAUGCAAUGGGUUAUAAGCGUUAAUCAGACAAUUGGCGAAUUAUCAACACUUUUAAACAAUGGAAGAGAAUGUUUGGAAUUAUAUAAAUACCGGAGCUUAUUUCAAACUUCUGUCGAUUGGAUCAAUAAAUUAGUGAAUGUCUCUAAAUGCGGAAGUCUAUUUAAUGAUACUAUCGAAACGAAUACUAAUCAACUUUUUAUUCUUAUUGAUUACACUCCAUUAUUAAACUUAUUAUAUAAUGAAAUAACUCAAAAGUUAUGCCAAUUAUUUAUGCCAUUUAUAACAAAUAUACACAAUUCAAUAAAAUCAAUGAAUAAUCACCUUGAUAGUUUAAUUCAGACAAAUACAAAUUUCCAACCUGACUAUGAUGGAUUCAUGCUAGUUGUCAAGUAUCUGGAAUGCGUACAUGGUCAACAUGAAGGUAUAUUUUCGAGACAUGAUAUCUUAUGUCGUCAAGUUGAAUUUUUACAAUAUUUUCAAAAAUGUCUAAUCAACUGUAAAGAAUUAAGUGAAAUCCAGCAGAUUAACUGGUCACAAUAUGAACAAUUUAUUAUCAAAUGGAAACGAUUUACAAAUCAAAAUGAAUGGGCAAGAAAAAAAUUCACACGAUAUCAUCAGGACUUUUGCCAGUGGUAUAAUAAAAAAAUGAAGGAGUCUCUAGAUGAAGUGAAGCGUUUGGUUCACUUACUCACAUCCGGUAAAUAUUCUGAUAUUACAAGUGAUUCAGUCAGUGUACUCAAGGAUAUGAAGGAGCCAUAUUCUCAACUAAUAAAGUUGGAAACUUUUAUUCAUCAACUUGUCGCUCAGCAUAGAAGUGUUCAGAAUUGUCGACAGUAUCAAGAAUCAUUUAAUAAAGAGUGUAAUAAUCAUAGAAAGAUGAAUAAACCACUUGUCAUGACCAUAGUAGAUAAAGCUAUGAAAUGUAAAAUGAACAAGAAAAAUUUCAUCUGGGAAGAUAAUUCAGAUUUAAUAUCAAUGGAUAAUGAAAUGAAAAAAGCGAAUUGUAGAUAUGAUGCAUGGCAAUUAAAUAGACAAAUUGACGAAUUUAAAGUAGAGUUAUAUAAAUUAACAUUGGAUAGAAUUUCUUUAAAAGGGAUCAAUGAAAAAUUUGACAAACUUUUAACAACAUGUAACAAUUUGUCCCAUGAUGACAUAAUCAUUCAGUUCAAUUCUAAGUGGCUAAAACAUAUAAAGAAGAUUAUUAAAACUUUGUAUUAUAUUACUGAUACUGAAUUAAUAGUCUCAUCACCAGACUACUGGAAUAAAUGUUCAGGUUUAUUGGAGCUUCCAUUAACAGUGAAAUGGGAAAAUUGUAGCAUUGAAAGUUUAAUGAAAGAAGGUGACAACAAUAGUAGUCUUUUGCAACGAAAAAAUCAAUUAAAAGAAACCUGGAAAAUAUUUCAGUAUUUAAAAUCUACACAAGAAUGCCAUACAAUGCUUGAAAAUCAAUGGUCAACGCUAUAUAUUCAUUUUAUUCAUUCAGUGAAUCCACAUAACUGUUCGGUGAAAAAUGUCCAAUGUUCAGUGGAUAGUAGUUCUGUUGGAACAUUGAAUCAGAGCACUGCAGGCAGUCAUAAUACUUCCUCUGAUGUCCAGUUUCCACGGAUAUUUUUAAAUAUCACUGAUUUAAUUGAACACUUAUACAAUAUAUCAGUUAAAUUACAAAGUUUAUUACAAUCUGGAUUGUUAUAUGUAAAUAAAACAGUCAAAAUGAAGCCAACAUCCACCUCCUUAUCAACAGCGUCAGGAAAUGAAUACCUGGAUGAAAAUGACUCUGUAAUAUCUGCACGUUACUCGUUGAAACAAUUGAAUCAAAGCAUAAAUGUGUUAACAUGUGUCAAGUCAAUACAAGAUCAUUGGUUAUAUUUGUAUCGAUUGCAUUCAUUGAAACAAACCUGUGAAGAGGUAAAUUCAAGUGGAUUUAUUAGUUUAACAGAUAAAUUUAUACAAAUGACAAAUGAUUUAUUGACAAAUAAUGAAAUAGAAAUUAUCCAGUCUACUGAUCAUUCUGAACGUGAAGAUAUUGAAGAAAUGAAAUUGGCGAAAAUGAACUUGAAGUCAUUCAUUAGUUAUAUUCACUUGAAAUGGGAUUCAUGGUUUAUUUUAAAAUCAAAUCUUGAAGAAAGUGUUAAGAAGUUUAAUAAAGCAGCUGAUGAAAUGUGUGAUACAUUUCCUCUAUUUUGUUUACUAACUAAUAUGGAAAGAAUGGAACUUUUAGCAAAUUGGUGUAUACCAUAUCAUGAUUAUGCAGCUCCAUUCAAUUGUUCAAUUCAUGAUGAAAACACUCGCAAAUAUUGUUUUAAUAAUUUACCUAAUCGCGGAUUAACUAAUUUAAACAAAUGGAUUACUCGUUUAUUUCCAUUUAUAAUAAAUUUAAAUCUGAUAUGGUGUAAAAAAGACAAGUGUUGGAAGGUAACUGAAGUUAUUAAUGAAUUCAAACAAAAUAUCCCAUUAAUCCAACCAGUUAAAUGGAUCCUGUCAGUUGGUCAGUGGUUCACACAAUUUUAUUCCAACUUACAACUAACAUUAAUGAGGUUAACAUUGAAUUCAAUGUUAAAAUUAAAUGAUUAUAAUCAAUGGUUAAAGGAUUCCUUGGGAAAAGAACAAAUGUUGCCUGUAGUAAUACUUGAACUAGCUGAAAGAAUUAUUAGUUGGAAGAAAUUAGAAGAGAUUUUCGACAAAGAGAAUAAAUUUGAUGAAUUAGAUAAAACUAUUGAGUAUUUUAAAGAAAAACUGGACAAUACUAGUGUAUUAUUAAAUUAUUCAUUUGGCUGUGAUAAACAACUAACUUCAAGAAUUGAACAUUUAACAUGUCAAUUUUUAUGCGGUACAAUUUUAGGAUUUAUUCAUUUAGCACAAGAUUUAAAAAAGGAUGCAAACCUGAAUGAAAGUAGCUUUACCUGGCUACAACUGAUUAAAACGCAACUUUUAUCUUCAAGAAGUAAUCAUCAUGUCGAUAGAGAAAUAAAACAAUUUGAUGAAAUACCAUUUAUUGGAAUUAAUCAAUUUUCAACAGUGCAUGUUUAUAAAUGGGACAAUCAAAGUCUACUACUAAAUAAUCAUAAUACACCAUAUAUACCAUUGUUAAAUACAUCGACGGAAUUAAUACAGCUAGGAUCUGCUUUAAUUAAUCAUGAAUUUGGACUAUUGAUUGGACCAAAUAACUGUGGUAAACAGACUACAAUUCGUCAACUUGCUUUCAUACUUGGUCGCCGUCUUAUAGAAUUCUCUACUUUACCUUUUAACAAUAAUCUUGAAGGAUUUGAAAGGCAGUUAAAAAUUGAUUUGCUUAAUUGUGCUCGUAUCGGGGGUUUGUUUUCAAUGAUGAAUAUGCAUAAUCUUGAAUUUGGAAAGUUAGAAAUUGUGAUAAAUUGUUUGAAUGAAAUACAGAAAUGCCCGUCUGUGAAAACUGACAAAAGUGAAGUUUGUAGCUUCACAGGAAAUCUUCAACAAGCUAUUGAAGAUAUUGACAAAAAUAAACAAAAAUCUUUCAUAUACUAUGGAAACAAAGAGAAAUCUUAUCCAGAACAAUGUUUAUUUAACUAUAAUGUGAAAAUUAAUCCAACUUUUGGAUAUUUUGGAACGUUCAACUUACAAAGUUUUAAAAAUAUUUCAGAAACUCAAAAAGAAUCGUUUCGUGUAAUUACUAUCCACAAUCCGAAUUGGGAAUUCAUUGCAAAAUGUCUACUUAUGUUUUAUAUACCAGGAGGAUCAAAUAAUCAAUUAAUCUCACUAUUAACUAAUUUAUUAGCACAUAUUACUGAUAAUACUACAAUGAAUGUUUAUGAUCAAAAGAGUACACACAUCUCCUGGUCACUUAUAAUACGAUCAUUUGAAUUCGCCCAACAGUUUUGGAUGAAGAAAGCUGACCAAAUUCAGUUAAAGCGUAAAACAGCUGCACUACGAUCAGCAAUUGUGUUAAGACAAGAGGAAGAUAGAUUAGUCAAGAAUGCUCUCAUCUAUGGAUUGAUGAAAACAUUUCGAGUGAAAUUACCAGUCAACAGGGAUACUUUGAAAUUUAUGACAGUCAAUGCAAAUUUUGAUUGUGUUAAUGAGAUUCAUUAUUCCACCUGUGAAAAAUAUCUUUGCUUAAAUUCUGCGAUAUCAUGGAGCUGUGAGGAUGAAGAGGUUAUAAACUCUGAAACUGAUAUAUAUCCUAAAGUAUCCUUGGAUUUUAUUCAUAGACUGUUGAAAGAGAUUCGUGUACGUAAUCUAGAAAUAAUCGACAGUCAAUUGAUAAAGAUUAUUGAAUUAUGGCAGUUGAUAAAUUUAAAUCGUCCAAUCCUAAUUAUUGGUCCUGUGGCAUCUGGUAAAACAACAAUUUUAAGAUUGCUUAUUUCUACAAUUAACUGGUACCAUUACAUGACAAAUAAUAAUAAGAAUAACACCGAAAAAACAACGGAUCCACUUCCAUCAUCUGAAUUAACUGUUUCUCCUUUGAAAUUAAAUGAGCAAAAUACCAGUAAUGCUACGGAUAAUAGUAGUAUAAUACCACCCUGUCGGGAAAUGAAGUUUGACUUAGGCAUCCCUGAAAGGCUUAAAGUAUACCUCAGUGAUUUAGAUCUUAUUUCAAAAAGUGAUGAUUCAAUUGAGAAUGAUUCAAAUGGAAGAAUUAUUCACAUAAGGCACUUAUUUCCAUAUUCAGAUGAAUACAUCAAUGCAACCUGUGGUAGAAAUGAGAAAAUUAGUGAAGUCACUAAGAAUGAUUCAUUCAAUAAUGUAGAAGAAUGGUCAGUAUUAGACUUCAGUGAUCAACCUAUAGAAAAUUUAACAUAUUUAAAUGAAAACAAAGUUGUACAACUACUGGAGAUAUUUCAUUCUACACAGCCUAGGAGAAGAUUAUUCAUAGAAAAAGUCUCUUUGAAUGAAUUGUCACCUGGUUUUAUCAGUCAAUUUUCAAUUUGUUCAAUUGAAGUGAAAAAUGAACUUAACUGGUUACAUAUAUGGAGAAAUUGGUGUAGAACAAGUUAUGGAUGUUAUAUGGCAAUCAGUUCUAUAUGGAGUAAAAUACUCAAAGAAUUAGAUAUUAUUUUACCGGUGUUAUUAGAUCGAACAUGGGAACUUCUCAGUCAAUGGUGUAGACAUCACAGUGAUUACACUUCUAAUCCACUAAAUCUACAAGAUUAUAAAAAUGCAUUUUAUCAUCAAAAUAUUAAUAAUUUUUUAGCCUUAAUAUCGGAAUUAUUAAAGAAAUACUUCUCCAAAGAAUUAUGGGAAUUGCGUAUAACAGGAGGGAAGCCUACACCUGCUCAUCGAUCAAAACUUGAGCUAAUUGAUCGUUACUGGUCGAAUUGGAAAAAUAUUGAAGAUCGUCCAGAAUUUUAUAAUUUAUUGAUAAGAAAUUUAUUUGUAUUCUCAUUCAUAUGGGGUAUAGGUGGUUCAAUGGCUGGUGAUCCAAGAUUAAGAACAAGAUUUGAAUCAAUGCUAAUAGAAACUCUAAAAGAUUUUAUUCAGUUACACAGUUCAUUGAACACCGAUGAUAACAACUUAAGAACUGGUUAUUUAACACCAUUUUGGUAUACAGACAGCUUGGAUAUUUAUUGGCCAGAAGAAUAUGAUAUUAUUAUUCCUGGAAAAAAAUCACAAAAUAACAGAAAUCCAUUUUUACCAACAUUAUUUCAUCUUUCAGUUCAUUUAUUCGCUGGUGCAUUAUUUAUACAAUCUGGUCAUCCAGUAAUUAUUACAGGUCCAUAUGGUUCUGGUAAAUCUCAACUAGCUAUUGCAAUAAAUCAAAAUUAUAAUAGACAAAGAAGGCUGAAUAAAAGCAAAGUUAAAUCAUUCCGAAUAAAUUCCGUAGAUUUUGUCGGAAAGAUUUCUUCAACACUAAAAUAUUCAAAGGAUGGUGAAAAUAUCAAUAAGAUUCAUACACUUCAUGGAUCUAUGUUGAAUGAAAAUAAAUUCAUGAAUAAUAUUAUCAUUUUGGAAGAUGUACAUUUGGUGUCAAAGAGGCCAGAAAUGCAAAGAAUGUGGAGUCAAGAAUUACGUUAUCAUAUGAUGACAGUUAAUUCAAAGGCAUUUGGUUAUUCCUCCCUACCUUCAUCGUUGACCUCUUCAUCUGUUCACUACACCUCACCAUCACCAUCGGCAUUACUACACUCAAGCAGUUGUCAAGAUAGUGUUCUACCAAUUAUAACAACUUUAGAUAAUCAUCAAUCUGUUCAAACACAUCUCCAUUUUCCAACUAAAUUGAACAGUUUAUCAUAUAGAUUUGCAUGUAUUGCAUUAACAGAUCCAUGCCUAUUACAUCAUAAAGAAACAGUAAAUAUGAAUAAAUUUUGGUAUGAACAGAAUGUUUAUGGUUUCAGUCCAGUUAGUCUGUUAUGUCAGUUAAUAAUGAGUUAUGAAUUAUCAAGAAUUAGUGGAAUGUUGAUUGAAAGAUUUAGUUGGAUAAUUUGGUCAAUGCAUUGUAAUUUAAUGAAAGAACGUUGUAUUCAUGGAAAUUCAUGUGUUGAUUGGUUAAUCACACAGAAAAUUGCACAUUCCAUUGGAUACCAUUUAAAACGAUAUUAUUCUGUGAAUGAAAUCUCAUUAAAUUGCUCAAUUAUUGAAAAGAAUAUAAAUCAACACAUUUAUUCAAGAUGGACGCCCCUGCUUCUAAGUGAAACUAUCCAAAUCGAUUCAACCGGCCAGUUAAAUAAUAUUCUGGAGUCAGUCACUAUUUUAUGUCAUGAAAUAAAACGAUAUUUUACUCCAUUGAUACCACAGAAUUCAAGUUCUCAGUGGCUUUCCAAAACUUUAUUGAAAUCGUUGGAAUACUAUCUAGUAAAACCAUCUCCAAUGGGUCUUUUAAUUCCAAUUUCUUAUCUUCUUUUUGGUCCAGCUGGUAGUCUUUUUAUUGAUUCUAAAUUCACCAGGCAGUCGAUGCUAAAUUCACAAAGCACAACGGAUAAGAGUUUGAUUAAAAAAUGCGACUGCAAAAAUGAUAAUGCCACAAUAUCUGUUACGUCAUCAUCUUCUUACACAACUUCUAUUACAUCGUUCACAACGUUGACUAGUUCUACAAGUCUUAAUUCAUCCUCGCCAUAUUCAUCACUCACGACUUCUGUCACUAAUACUACAUCGACUUCUGCUGGCAUCUCAUCAUUAUCUACGCUUUCUUUGCCCAGUUCAUGCAGUCAACCAUCUUCUUUGAAUCCAUCUUCUACUAAUCCUUCAUCCAUAGUCUCCUCUUCGACAAAUUCUAUAACAGUCUCAACAUUAUCUUUGUCAAAAUUGAGUUCAUCUCUUAUAGAGUGUGUUCCAGUGCAUACAUCUAACACAUCCAUCCACGAGAAAGUCACUUCUAUUGAUACAUUACAUAUUAAUGAUGAUUAUGAUGAGUUUACUACACAUAUUGCGUCAUUAUGUUCUAAACUGAAUAAUGAAACUGAGACUGUUCUAUCAAAAGGGAAAAAACACCACAAAGUAUUAUCAUUCUAUCAUCAUUUAAUUAAUGAUAAAAUUAUUUAUAAAAGUUGGGCAAAUUAUGGAUUGUUGAAUCCACAUCUUGCACCGUAUAUCAGUUUACCUGGAUGUAUUGACCUUUCAAAUGAUUUGUUUACUUUAGACAAAAUGUCUAUUACAUCAGGCAGUAUCAUUUCGCUAAGUGAUAUUGAAAUGAAUACUGAUAACGAAGCAUUUCAACAUGCGAUUGAGAAUACAAUCAAUUUACUUACCAGUGCUCUAGUACACAGUCCUUGUUAUAUACUGUUGAAGAAUUUAACCCAACAAACUUGUGGAUCAUAUUUCUGUGUACAAAAACAAAUUAUUGAAUAUAUCAAUAAAUCAAUGGGUUAUAACAAAGUCUAUUAUACUCAGUGGCGGGAAUAUCCUGACGAAGCAGUUGAUAAUCAUACUAUUACUGAACAAUUAAAUGAUUUAUCUUCUAUGCCAUAUGAAAUUAUAAUCAUUGACUUACUAAACAAACCUUCUAAUCAGAAGUGGAGUUAUUCAGAAAAAGCAAUUCAACUCGUCCAACAAUUACACAGGAUUCGUUUUAAUUUACCUUGGGAAAGUGAUACUUAUCAAAGUGUAUUGAAAGGAGUUAUUGUUAUAACUUCAUUGAAUGAUGAUAUACUCAAUCCGUUACUUCAAUAUGUAUCUUGGGAUUGUACCAUCAACUUCAAAGAAACUUCAAAUUUACAAGGGAUUAAUACACAAUUAGAAAAUAUUACAAACACUGUUAAUAUUGAACAAAAAUCAAUCUUGAACAAUUUCAUUCUAAAUUACUUGAAUAAUAUUCACGAUGAUGACAGUAAUCGCAGCAAUAAAGUUGAUCUUAUUCUAUGUGAUGUAUUUACAGAAGCACAUUUACUCGCUUACCAGUAUUCUCUAUCAUAUCAAAGUCUUACAAAAAAUAAGCCUUCAAUCAACCAACUAAAUUCCUUCGGUUAUUUAUUACAAACACUGAAUGUUUGGUUAUAUCUACAGUAUCAUCAACAGCAAGAUAAUAUAAAAGAAACUCUACUCAAUGAAUUACACGAAACAUGCUUACUAACGGAUUCAAUAAAAUCUGGUUGUCAGUCACUGGAUAACCAAAUUACUCAAGCGAAUACUUUUCUUGAUUUAUUGAAAAAAGAUUUAGAUAAUUAUCUAAAUAUUUACUUACCAGAAGCUAAAUUAAAUCAGAAAAAUACAAUUGAACAGAUAGAGAACUUAGAAAAUGAAAUUAAACGUAAAGAAAUUGAACUGGAGCAUCUGAAGAAACCAAUGGAUCGUGUUCAAAAAUUAGCUCAAAUUGAAUUUAAUAAAUUGAGAGAUUUAUAUCGUUUAGCUGUUCAAGGCUUACAUGGCUUAUCAAUUGAAGAUUUAGAUGAGAUACGCUCAUACCGUGAACCACCAGAUGAGGUAAAAGAUUGUGUCUACAUCAUUUGUAUGCUGAUGAAUGAAGCAGAAAACUGGGAGAAUGCAAAACAAAUGAUGGUUCCAGUGAAAUUUAUCAGUAAAAUUUUAAAACUUCAUACUCAAUUACUGGACAAACGAAAGCAUAAUGAAUUAAGACAACGUUUAAAUAAUUCUGUAAUUAUGACACCAGAAUAUUUACUGCAAAUAAGUGUAGCAGCCUCCAGAUUAUGUCAGUGGUUAAGAGCAUUGUGUGAAUGUUGUAAUGCUGGUGAACGUUUACAGAAUCAUGUCAAUAAUUAUGCUUCAACAGAAUCUCAAGUCAAUCAAAUUGAAACAGCACUUGCCAAUCUGCAUUUAUCCUUACAAAUGACUAAGCUAAACUUAGAAAUGAUAAAUAAUCAUGUAAUGGAUUGUGAAAAUCAAAUUAAAAAUAUUUCAGAACAAAUUGAUGCAUUGGAAUAUACAAUCUCUGAGGCUAAAUCUCUUUUAUCAACUAUGCAGUCUAAUCUAAACGAAUUAAUGAACAAUGAUGAUGAUCACAUGUCAGUCGAUGAUUGGAAAUCAAUGAAAUUCUGGCUUAAUGUACUCGGUGCCCUAGGCGCAGUAUAUGUUCAAAUAUUUCCAGCCAAGCAUAGGUCGACUUUAUGGAAUCAUUUUAAACAACUUGUUCUAAACAGAAUGAAGGAAUAUUUAAGCCAAUUGGGAAAAAUUUCAGUCUACAAGGAAAAUUCAAUUCAAAAUGCACAAUUAUUUAAAAUUCUUCAAACAAGACCAUAUGAAUUAUUGAAAUGGUUGUCAAGUAAUCGGUUUCCGUUGGAAGUAACCUUAUUAUAUGAUAAUCAUCAAGUUGGAUAUAUACUUGAAGCAAUUCUAGCAAUACGUACAAUAAUUUCUUCUAAUAUGUCGUAUAAUAUUGAACAUCGAAAUAGUUUUAAUUCAUCACUGCCGUUAUUUAUAUUCAUCUUCGAUCCAGAUAUCAUUGGAAUGGAUAUGAUCAGUUUACUCUUAUCCAGGAAACAAAACCAAGUGAUUUCAAAUCUCCGUAUAGACUCUGAUGACUUUAUCAAGCAUUUUAACAAUGCCAUUACAAAAAACAGUAUAAUUCAAAUCAAUGUCGAUGAAUUUCAUAGUUGUAAAGCUACAGAAAAUAUAAAGUAUUUACUAAACUUUUAUUGUAUUCACUUGUUCGACAAAAAUACUCAUUUGAAUAAUUGUCAAAUUAUUCUAUGGACUACUUAUAGUGCGACCACUGAAGUCGGAAAUCAAUGUAGACAAGUUUUCACUGAAAUCGACUUUAUAUCAGUUGACUUAUGCUUGACACAUUUUGAAUCAGGCAGUGGAAUAACAGGAUGUCUAUUAAAUUUGCUGCCUAAAAGUAACUUAUUCAACACACUUCAAGAAAUACGAAAGAAUGAAAUUGAAACCUUUGAAAAGAUAUAUGAAGAUCAAAUUCAUUUGUUAAAUAUAUCAAAAGAGCUUAUAAAAUUAGAAUUAUUCCAUUGUGAUUUAAACGAACCGGUAAAAAACUUUAAAUCGAUUAAACUGAAUAAAUCUUGUUUAAAUUUAACAAGUCAACAUAUUGAAGCGGUUAAAAUAUAUUCAAAAUUAUCAAAUAAAUAUAUGCAAUUAAAAGAGUGUCAAAUACAACGUGAACACCUAGAUAAUCAACUUAGUAUGUAUGCAUCACAGAAUGGUGCAAUCGGAUGUAUUGCAAACUUUACACGUAAAGUUUCAUUGCUACUGAGUGUUUUGGAAGGAGAAGGAGACAAGUCAAGUGAAGAUUAUAUUACUUUCCGUUGGCCAUGCAAAAGACUAUAUCGAUACUUAUCAUCAAAAUAUACUCUUAAUUCGAAUCAAUGUUUUUCACUGGGUACAACUGGAUCCACCAAUCAAUCUGAUUCAUUUUUAACUCGAGAAAAUGAUAUACGGGAUUUAACCCAAUGGAUAAUACGUAGUCUUCUUGAGCUUCAACUGACACCUUUAGACAAGUUGGAUAGCACUAUGAGUUUAAUUUUACAAAUAAAAAUAUGCAUAUACUUUAAUCUGCUUCACUAUUCAAAGUUCACUAGUCAUGAAUUACAAAAUUUGGAAAAUGUGAGAGAAAUUAAAUUAUUUAAACAAAUAGUAUACAAUAAUAUAUUGAAUAGUGUGUUUAAUGUUCAACACAGCUCUAGUGUCAAUGAUACAGAUGUUUUGAAUCGUAUUCAACUUUUAGAAGAAAAUCUACCAUCAUUAAAAGGUUUGCAUAAAUCAUUACUGGAUGAACCUUUAAUAUGGAAUGAAAUGCUUGAGACAAGUCUGAAUUUCCUUCGUCCUUUGCCUGGAUUCUCCGCCACAAAGAUAAUACCUGAAGCGCAUAUAUUUUUAGUUUGGAUUUCAUUAAAACCAGAAAGGUUCUUCACCAUUUCAAAAACUUUUGUAAAUUUCAUAUUGGCUCAGUAUAUCAUUACAAGUGACAGUAUAAAAUAUUUUAAUGAUUCAUUUGAAACUGAGAAGCGUCUACGUGUCAGUGGAUUAUUUCAACCACAAAUCCAGAAGCAAUCCCAAGGAGGAUAUUAUUCAAAUCAAGAUAAUUUUACAUCUUCUGUUGUGUAUUUAAUUCUUCCAAAUAAAUUAAAUGAAUAUACAACUGAAGAUUUCUUCAACUCAAAUUGGUCAGGAAUAGAGUUGAAUUCAAAUAAAUUAUUAAAUGAAUUACGCAAUAUGGCGGUUUAUCUAAACAGAACUUUAUUUUGUAUCGACUGUGCAAGCACAAGUGAUAUUUCACACUGGCAUUCAUUAUGCGGAUCCAGUACAAAUACAUUUCCAUAUCAAAGAGUUUUAAUCUGUCUUCGAAAUAUACACAUGAUGGAGAGAAAUUUGUCUAAAGAACUUCACGAAUUACUUCACUAUGGACUUUAUAAUUUAAGGGAACAAUUUAUGCAUAGUGGACAACAACAGAAGGAAUUUCUAUUGAGUAAUAACAAUAAUAAUCAUAAUAAUAAACUUGGAAUAAGGUUUGAUAUUUUAAUCGAUUUCACAUGUUGUCACUCAAAGAGACAAAUUUCAUCACUGUAUAAUAGAUUACCAAGUUGGUUGCGGUUAUACUGCUUGCCGUUAUUUUUCACUGACCAGGAUGACCAGUCAUCAUUCGUUUCCAGUCGUCUGGCAAUGAUGUCAAAACAAGAUAAAUGGAGAAGGUCAAAUUUUCAUUCCGUAGAAAAUUUCAAUCAGUCUUUGGAUAAAAAUAUUUCAUGUUUAUGGUUAAAAGAACAUGACAAUAUAUUUGAAAAAUUAGAAUCUGACAAACUUUAUGAAUGUUUGUUUAAUAUGGAAGAUUUGGAAAAACGAAUGAAACCGAUUGAUGCAUUAUGGAUUCAAAUUGAAGAGCAAUUAAGGCAACUUGAAACAGUCUUUAUACAACUGGAGGCACAAAGUAAUUCAUCAAAUAUCCCAAUAAAAUCUCAGCUUACUUCGCCUUUCAUUUUACUGAAACUACAAUACUUUAAUUAUUUAAAGAAUAUAAAAAAUUAUAAAAGUCAAUUAAAACAAAGCGUUUCAUACAAUUUCAAAUUAUACACUUGGUUAAAUUGUCAAUUGACGAUAUCAAAACAUUUUCAUAAAUUAAUGAAUCAGUGGUUAACUAAUGGUCUGUCAUCAUCAUUGUUUGAGGUAUCUCUACCAUCUGCUGUAAUCAUAAAUUCAAAAUUAUUAUUUAAUUGGAUUAUUAAAUGUUCAAUGAUCAAUUCAUCAGAUGUACAAUACAAAUUAAUAGCAUCUAUAAUUAAACCAGGAGAUAGAAGUAUAUUCAACAAAGGAGUAAUCAUCACAUCUAUUCGUUUACUUAUUCAUCAGAAACAGGUUACAAAUAAAAAUGAUGAACAAGUGAAUAUUAAUUCAAAGAAUCCUUUAAAAUUUACCGAUGUUGUACAUUUACGGCUAGCUGUUGUACCUAUUGAAACCUUUAACACAAUGAAUAAUAUCAACGCUAUAUGGAUUGAAUCAUGGUCAUUAAAAGAAGAGACAGUUUGCACAAGUAUACCGUUAGUGCUAACAAAUGAUCAGAAUUGGUACCUCAAUGAUUCUUUACAGAUUUACUUAGUUACUGAUUAUACCUUGUAA